GCAUAUCCGCUCGGCCUUACUCUAGUCCACUCAGGCUCCGACACUAACUUCCUACCAUUACAUAUCACCAGCUCCACCUCAUUCAAGAAUGAAAUCAGCCUAUUUCCACUGGCAUUACAAGUCUCCUCCCCAAACAUCCCAAUGACAUCAUCAACAUCAGUAGAUCUACCCACCCUCGCAUUAAAAUCACCAAGAAGAACAACCCUCCCCUUCUGCAUG